UCGCCAUGAACGGACGUGUCUAAAGUGAGCUCCGCUCCGCUACGUUUUUUAUCACAUGGAAUAUACGCCUAAAUUUUCGACUUGGAGAGAUGCCUUUUGACUUCUAAUUCUGACUGCAAUUUGAACAUAUAUUCUACAUAAUACUACAUUUUGUUUGCAAAAUGCAGAAUUCUUCGAAUAGUCGUGACUAUAAUUUGAGAAAACCUUCCACCCAAAAGGACUCUAGCCGUGGUAAUCAACGUGCCAAAACACCUUCGCCAGUUCCCGUAACUGUUUCCAACAAGCCUCCCCAACUCGUGACCAACCAGCCUACAGCCGUACCCCCCGGAGCCAUGGCAGCCCAUCAAGCUGACCCUCCUACUUCUACUCCCGCUUCAGACCCCUACACGCCUAAGGACCCUAAAAAUGACUACUUGCUACUUGAAAUGCGGAAAAUGUUCACGGAUUUCCAGCGUGAUAUUGAUAUCAAAUUGGAUCACGUAAUUUCGGAUCUUAAUGCUGUUAAAUCAGACAUCAGGAUGGUGAAAUCCGCUGUACAUGACCUUGAAAUUUCUUCAGCGGAUACUUCAGCGAGAAUAUCUACCGUAGAAGCGGAUAAACUACCUGGGAUAGAACGUUUUAUCGCCAAAGUUAGAGCUGAUUUCGACGACAAGCUACUGAACCUAGAAAUACACCACCGAAAACAAAAUUUGUUGUUCUACGGCAUCCCCAAACAAAUCAAUGAGGAUAUUUACAAGACCACAUCUUUUGCAUUGGGCAAGUUACUGGAAAUUCCCGUUGAGGAGGCAGACCAAAUUCAAAUCAUCAAUGCUCAUCGUCUACCUACGAAGAGGACCCACAACGGAGCCAGCGGAACCCCGGCCCCCGAAGCUCCUGAUCCCAUCAUAGUCCGUUUUGCAAAGAUGUACGACCGGGACCGAAUUCUUCGCGCCUUCGAGCAGCCAAGGCAACCCCGGGCUACUGACGGCAACCGUAGGGAUGGCGACCGCGUAACCGUCCGAACUGACCUACCCCCAUCUAUGAAACGCGAGCGUGGUCAUCUAGCAUCAGUUGCAUAUAACAUUCGCAAAACCAAGCAAUUGAAAACCAGGAUAAGGAUUCAAGGAACCAAAGUACUGCUGCAGACUAAAAACCCUAAUGCACCUUCUUCACAGUGGUCAACUUGGACUGAGUAGAUUUACUUAUCACAUGCAACAUCAUGACUAUGGAAUUUUGAAUAUCAUUGGAGACCGAGUCAAAUUCAAUCCCCAUAACUUUGCAAGGACGAAUGGAGUAGGCCUGAUCCAUCUUCUAUACAGAUAAAGAUUUUGUGCUUAGUCCAGAAAGCCAUAGUAGGUUAUGUAGACUGGUAGUUUACAGUUACAUAUAAGAUUUUGUGCUUAGUCCAGAAAGCCAUAGUAGGUUAUGUAGACUGAUACUUUACAGCUACAUAUUAGAUUUUGUGCAUAGCUCUAAUAGCCAUAGUAAGUUAUGGGACUGGUACAUGUACAUUUAGAGGUAAGCAACAUUGACAAAUUCAUGUAUGUUCCUCUGUCAUGUCAUGUAUGCCCUUUUUAUUUCAUUUUAUUUAUUUUUUCCACCAAUAUCAUUAUCUAAAUGGUAACGUUAUUUGUAACUGUUAUUACUCAUUACAAUGCUUGAUUAAGUUUUUAUUAUUUUAUUUUCUUUUUAAUUCUUAUCUUAUUUCAACACCCUUUUAUUGACCAUUUCUCGCUAUGCUAAUCAUAUCCUGCCUGGUAUCACAAAUUUGAUAUUGCUACCUUAUUAUUUUGUCCUAAUUAACAUAAUGAAUUUGUUCACACCAUGCUUACAUUCUUUUAUUUUAGUAUUUAGCAUCAUAUUAUUGAACGUUCAAAUAUCAUUGCCUCAAACGGAUGAAUAUCUUCAUGCAUCUAUUAUUCAUCUAUCUGUAAUAUCUAGUGAUCUACUCUAGUUAUUUACAUAAGUUCCUCUUCGUGUGGCCGAAACCUAGCUUGGUAUCAUUGCAUAUAUUUUUCACCUUCUCUUGAAAGUUGAUUCUAUCAUGC